AUGGAUGAUCAUACAGAUUGUAUUUGCAACUACAUUGAAAAAGUUGAUAUGAACCAAAACACAGAGUCUGAUGACACUGCGAUCCGUUUGGUUAUUUCGAAUAUGCUCCAACCAAAACCAAUUGCAGACCAAAUGGACGAACUGUUAUUUAGUUCAAAAGAGGAAAAGGAAUAUUUCCAAUCCCUUCCCUCAAACAAUUGUCACUGUUUUAUGACUGAUGAGUAUUACAUCUGCAACUGUACUGAGAAACCCAUUUUUGUGUGUUUUGAUUGUAACAAGAGGAUGCUCCAGAACAACCACAAAAAUCACUCCAAAGGUAGUCAUCCAAUUAACACAUUGUGUCAAUGUGGAAGUUGUUCCAGUGAUAUUACCACUCAUCUUCAAAGUCCACAACAACUUUCGCCACAAGAGUCAAAACCCGAUCUAAUAAAAUGCCCACAAGUCCCACACAACAUGAAUCACCCCAAAGUCGACUUAACAACAUCCGCUUCAAUUAUGGUUCAACAAAAACAAGUCGCUGAUAUAUCUCCCCCACAAAUGCCCACCGAAAAAUUGAAACCAAAAAGUAAAACAAAAGACAAAGUGUCAUUGCAACCAAAACAACCACUUUCACAACUCAUUUCAACACAGAAAACAAAGUCUUUAAAAAAAUUCGCCGAAAAAAAAGACGCCAUUGGAAAGACCUUAUCUGAGCAAAAAGAAACCGCACGCAUUUUGCUACAAAAAGGAAAUGUCAAAGACAAAAUCGAACUUUUGAAGGAAAUCGACACGUCGCGAAAACAACAAAAACAAGAAGACAAAAUAAAAAAGAAGUCGGAAAGCUUCAAAAUAGCUCAAGAAAAAUUGGACGAAGACCGACGACGCGAAAAUAACGAGAAAACCAUUCAACAGUCGAUUGAUGUUGGACUUGCACUUCAAUCAGAAGUCCCACAAGCGUUGUGUUAUAUUCAUGGAUACGAACAAGAAAACAGUCAACUUUUGAGUGAUGCCAAAAAGAGUGUUUUGGGUGAACAAGUAGUCACUUUAUUGACAUUACUUCAACAUGGCGACAUACCGGAAUAUAUUCAGCUGUGUGAGUAUGUAACACGACUCCUCCAGAUUAGUCCAAUAAGGAAGUAUAUACUUUCGUUCUUACUUAACGAACAAAUAGAAGCAAAGAGUCAAUACAAUCGACUGUUUAAUUUCAACUUGAGUGGGAACAACUUAUUGUCGGUAUUGUGUGAUACAUUCUGCGCAUUAGUUAGUCACGGGAAAGAAGAUGACGGGUUCUACCUCAUGAAACUUCUUGUUGUUUUGGGUACUGCAGUAUUCAAAGAGAUUUCAAAGGCAAUUAGUGUGUCUUCCCUUGUCGUGAGUAAGAAGACGGCUUUAUUAAAAACAUUCAGAAGAGCUUUUUUUGGGUAUGACUGCUUCUUCACUGAACUCGAGCAAAACUCGAUCUUUCUUGAUGGGAUUUUAGACGUUUUAGCACUUCGAUCAUAUCAAGUGAAACGGAUGUCGACUGAACGAGUGAAGUUGAAUUAUUCCGCAUUGUUCACAUCGAUAACUAACCUCCACAAUGCGUUGAACAACAAAUUUGGAUUAACAAACAAAUACUAUUUGAGUGAAGUUCUAAUGAAAGACAGUGCUUUGUUUCAAAAGUGGAUUAAACAGUUGGUCUACUUUAUAGGCGAAUUUGAACUCAACAAAUUGACAACGUUAAACCACAAAGAACGACUCAACGUUUUACUCUUCAAAAUUCUACAGGAGAUCUCUAACGGUCUUGCAGAGUAUUUGCACUACUUUCAAGUCAGUAUUGGGCACUUCAAAAUUUUGAAACUGCACUUGAACUUUGUGGUCGACUCCGUCAUACGAAAGAGUGGAGAAAACAUUAUGGGACAAAUGAUGCUGAUUCGCCUCUUUUCGCUAUUUGUGCGCGAUAUUUUAGUCCAAAAAAUGUCGAAAGGGAUGUGCUACAAAAUUGCCUCUGCACUCAUUAAUUCUCAACGUUUCAACUUCUUUAAAAUAGCAAAGGACUUUUUCGUCGAGAAAAAGCCCGAGAAUGUCGACGAAACCAAAAAGAUUCAUAUUGACGUGUUUUCUCUGUUUUCGGACUAUUUCGACGAGUUGAGCUUUUUAAGUGAAAAGGAGAAGAAGAAAAUAGAGGAAGAAUCGACUGCAAAUGCUUCUGAAAUUCUGAAGUGUUAUUUAGAGUUGUUCCGAGAAGUAAGAAAGAUGGACCAAGACGUCUUCAGAAUGAAGCAAGACAGAAGCAAGACUUUUACAUGUCCAAAACAGUAUGCACUUGUCUAUUCUUUUGACCCACUUUUUGGGUUAGGGUUAGACUACUUUAUGAUGCAGAUUAUCACACUCCAACUGAACUUGUUUUCCUUUUCUAAAGAAGGUGGGCAGAAACAAAGUUUGAGUUCAUUAAGAGUUUCUCAAGAAGAUAAGAGAGAGAUGAAUUGUAUAAGACCUUGGAAUGUGAAUGACGUCGAUCUUGUCUUGUACAUGUUAGAGGAAAGUGACAUCGAGUUGGUGAACAACUCAUCUUUAAAGUACUUGACAGCACUUGUGUUUUUCUUUGCUAAUUAUACGUACAUGAAGUUUAUAAUAACCACUCCAAUUGACGUGGAAAUUUUUGUGAGAUAUCACCCAACACUUUCAAAGUAUGUUUGGGUUGACUCUGGAGUUGUUUCUUUCUCGCCUACCGAACCAGAAGUGGUUGAAGUUGUUAAUCCCGAUAUAAUGAAAAAGAUACCAUAUUUCAAUCCAUAUUGCCCUCGAUUGUAUAAAAAAGAGUACGAGGAAACUUGGAUCAAAAUGGCGACACUCUCAUUCCAAGUCACUGCAACGCCAGUCUACGUGUUUUCAUAUCAAAUAUCCAAAUUCCAAGCACUCAACGAUUGUGUUGAGAAGUUGAUUGUAGGACUUCUCAAUUUCUUAGUCGACAACUUCGCAGUCAAAAUUGCGUUUGACAGAAACUGCUUUUUACUUCUGAGAGUCAUGUGGAUGUUUGUGAAAUUUUCUUUCACGAAGCCAGACAAUGUCGACGACUUCUUCGAUAAACUGUCUGAUGUUAUAAACAAAAUUUGGACCGUUGCACUGUCAAUACUCGCCCCACAUUUAACUCAAGAAGAAGCUGUUGGUGUUCAGCCAGACUCCAAUUAUGAAAUUGCAAUUCAAACAAUUCAACAAGUUAAGCUCAAAUCAAUCGCCAAUGUUAUUCAGUGUUUAGUCAUUGAAACAUGCUUAGAGUUGGUCAAGCAAUUGAGUGCGAAGAAAGUCGGGUAUCCAAAAGACAAGAAAUGA